AGCUCGCUCACUCCCUAUGUUCAUCAUGCCUCUCCUCCUCAUAGCUUUCACCUCACUCUUCUUCUACCUGAGCGCCCCUCCAAGUUUCGCCGCCGCGACGGCCACCAUCUUACCCGGCCAAGCACUUGCCGUCGGCGACAAGCUCGUCUCCGAAAACGGCAGGUACGCGCUCGGCUUCUUUGACACAAGCAGCACCAAAUCCCCCCAGAGCACCAGUAGCUGGCACCUAGGCAUAUGGUUCAACACAGUCCCCAAAUUUGCUUCCGCUUGGGCUGCGAACAGAGAGAAGCCAAUCAAAAACACCACCUCGCUGCAACUCACAAUCUCCACCGAUGGCAACCUCGUCAUCCAAAACCGCUCCACCAAGUCCAUAUUCUGGUCCACCCAAGCAGACGUGAAAAGAAACGGCACCAUUGCCAUGCUCUUGAGCAAUGGAAACCUCAUCCUAAGGAACUCCUCAAACUCGUCGCACAUCUUGUGGCAAAGCUUUGACGACCCCACGGAUACACUUUUACCCGGGGCGAAGCUUGGAUUCGACAGGCUAACCGGCCUGGAUCGUGGUCUGGUUUCAUGGAAAAACAGGGUCAGCCCGGCUAGUGGUGCGUACUGCAACGGGUUAGACCCCAGCGGUGCAGACCAGUUCUUGCUUACACGGCUCGACUCCUCCAUGUCAUAUUGGUCAAGCGGUGUGUGGAACGGGAACUCCUUUGUGUCGUAUCCUGGGAAUAAUACCCCAAACCAGGCUUCUUACAAUUUGACUUUUGUUGACAAUGAACGAGAGAAGUAUGUCGUUGAGAGCUUAGCCGACGAGAAUGCGGUUUUUCGGCAUGUAAUUGAUGCCUCUGGUCAGGCCAAGGGGUACGUUUGGGGAAAAAAAUUCUAUGAAACCAGGUCUCACGGAUUAGCAGGUGAGACCCAUCCUGAUGGAUGACACGUGGCAUUCGCAAAUCACAAAGCAUCCACCCCAAGAUUCGAUACUGACCUACAACCAACCAAAAGCUCAGUGUGAUGUCUACGCGGUUUGUGGACCUUUCACAAUCUGCAACGAUGACGACCUUCCAAACUGCAUCUGCAUGGAUGGCUUCACCAUAACAUCUCCUCUGGAUUGGGAGCUAGAAGAUCGAACCGCUGGGUGCUUGAGAAAAACUCCAUU